CACUGUUGACAGUUUGUUUGCAGCAUAACCCAUGAGCGGCCUGGGCGAGAGCAGUGGGCGGAGUGGCGCGUGCGCUGGGGCCGGUAACGGGCUCCGGGGCAGGGGGAUGAGCGAGGAGUAUUUCGGCAGCGCGGCGGACUGGGAGGAGCAGGAUGGUUCCAUGCACGAUGAAGAUGAAGGGGAUGGUGAAGACGAUGCAGAGGUGCAACAGGAAUGCCUACAGAAAUUUUCCAGUAGAGAUUACAUAAUGGAACCACCUAUCUUCAACACAUUGAAAAGGUACUUCCAGGCAGGGGGUUCUCCAGAGCAUGUGAUCCAGAUGCUGUCUGAGAACUAUACAGCAGUAGCACAGACUGUAAAUCUGCUGGCAGAGUGGCUUAUUCACACAGGAGUGGAACCAUCACACGUUCAGGAAACUGUGGAAAACCAUUUGAAGAAUUUGCUGAUUAAGCACUUUGAUCCUCGGAAAGCUGAUUCCAUUUUCACAGAGGAGGGGGAGACACCAGCUUGGCUGGAGCAGAUGAUUGCUCAUGUAACUUGGAGAGACCUCUUCUAUAAACUGGCAGAAGCUCAUCCUGACUGUUUGAUGCUCAAUUUUACUGUCAAGCUGAUUUCAGAUGCUGGAUACCAGGGGGAAAUUACCAGUGUGUCAACAGCCUGCCAGCAGCUGGAGGUCUUCUCCCGAGUUCUCCGCACUUCCCUUGCCACACUUGUUGAUGGAGGUGAAGAGCAUUUGGAGAAAAACCUGCCUGAAUUUGCAAAAAUGGUAUGUCAUGGGGAGCACACGUACCUGUAUGCUCAGUCCAUAAUGUCUAUGUUGGCCCAGGAAGAGCAAGGGGGUGCCGCUGUCCGAAGAAUUGCACAGGAAGUUCAGAGAUAUGCACAUGAGAAAGGUCAUGAUGCCAGUCAGAUUACUUUAGCGUUGGGCACAGCUGCAUCUUAUCCCCGAGCUUGCCAGGCACUGGGUGCCAUGCUAUCCAAAGGAGCGCUCAAUCCUGCUGAUAUCACGGUGUUAUACAAGAUGUUCACAAGCAUGGAUCCACCACCUGUCGAACUGAUUAGAGUCCCGGCUUUCCUUGAUCUUUUCAUGCAAUCUCUCUUCAAACCGGGUUCCAAAAUCAACCCUGAGCAUAAACACAAGUAUAUCUACAUCCUGGCCUAUGCAGCAAGUGUGGUGGAGUCAUGGAAAAAGAACAAAAGAUUUAACAUCAACAAAGAUGAGCUGAAAUCCACCUCAAAGGCAAUUGAGACUGUCCAUAAUCUGUGCUGCAAUGAAAACAAAGGGGCUUCAGAGCUGAUUGCUGAGCUGGGCACUCUUUAUCAGUGUAUUCGGUUCCCGGUGGUGGCAAUGGGAGUGCUGAAAUGGGUUGAUUGGACGGUGUCAGAACCCAGCUAUUUUCAGCUGCAGACAGACCAUACACCUGUUCACUUGGCCUUACUAGAUGAGAUAAGUACCUGCCACCAACUCCUCCAUCCGCAGGUCCUGCAGCUCCUUGUUAAACUCUUUGAGACUGAACAUUCCCAGCUUGACGUCAUGGAGCAGCUGGAGCUGAAGAAGACCCUGCUGGACCGAAUGGUUCACUUGUUGAGUCGUGGCUACGUCCUGCCUGUGGUCAGCUACAUCCGCAAGUGUUUGGAGAAGCUAGACACAGACAUUUCACUGAUCAGAUACUUUGUGACAGAGGUUCUGGAUGUCAUUGCCCCUCCAUACACCUCAGACUUUGUCCACCUCUUUCUCCCGAUUCUGGAGAACGACAGCAUUGUUGGUACAAUUAAAACUGAAGGGGAGUGUGACGCUGUGGCAGAGUUUAUUGCACACUGCAAAUCCAACUUUAUCAUGGUGAACUAGCACGGAGAAGGAAACACAGGAAUGGAGAGCAGCCAAAGGAGGAUGUACAAGAUCUUUCUGAGAGAUGUGAGACAUGAUGGAACACUGUGUGUCAUGUAAAAUUGAUCCAAGAAUUAUGAGUGAGACCCGGCAGCAGUUAACUAGAUGAAUAAUAAUUAGAUUUUGUACUUUAUUUUAUAUGUGAUGUCAAAGUUUUAAAAUAUAGAAGCCUUUUUCUUCUUUUCUGCAACUGACUUUGGAAAAUAAACUGAGUUUGGAACUGAUGUGUUAAAAAUAAAUAAUGGCGUUGUACUUUCAGGAAUGCUUGGAUUUACAGUUUUAAAAACAAUCCCACUUAUUUUGCCAACAAGGGACCAUAGGUGAGGAUAAUAAAGGUAUUUAUUCUGAUUCCAUCCGUCACUGUAGAGCUGAUGAAAACCAUUGAUGCUAAUGUUUGUACCACAUACUCCUGCUGUGUCAGACGCUUCCUGACCUAUCUGGUCUCAUCAGUCACUUCAUAAUCUACAAAAGUGCAGUGUAACCCUUGAUCUCCUAAAAAGAAGAGAAGGUAUAUAAUAUUUUAAUAUUCAGAAUUAUCUUUGAAGUGCACGGAAAUGUAUUAUGUAGAGUUUGUCACUUCGUGCUCCCAGCAAGAAAUUGGCGCGCAGUUAAGAAUGGUAGCAUCUUUCUUUAAGGAUCACUGGUACGGAUCCCAAAACCAUAUUAGGAGUAUCACAGGUGCAGAAGUUGUUUUCCGGAGUUCAGAAUGAUGGUCCUUCUGAAUGCCCAGGUGGGAAUGUUGAAGGGAUAUCAGCAGGACAGAGCCUGUCUCGGGGCUUAAGGCUCCAUUUCCUAAUGGUUAGGAGGGGCUUGGUCCCUGUCUGCAUACUGUGGAUGGGUGAGGAAGGAGUUAACAUUUCAGCUACUGGUGUUCAUGUCACUUGUUCUAAUUUAGUGGUUGAAAAUAAAGACCAGAGUUCCUCGGUGAAUUGUUAGCCUCAAUUAGUUGAGGUGGGUUGUGCAAAUACACUUUCUUCACAUAAAUGGGCAGAGACUCCCACAUGACCUUUUAUGUUCUGAGUCAGAAUCAGAAUCAGGUUGAACAUCACUGGCAUAUGUUGUGAAAUUUGUUGUUUUGCAGCAGCAGUGCAUUGCAUACAUAAAGGAACUACAAAUUACAAUUAAGGAAAUAUAUAUAUAUAUAUAUAUAUUACACACAGACACACACACAGUGGAUUUCGGUUAAUUGGGCCUCCGGUUAAUUAGAGAAGCCAAUAAUUUAAGACAACUCUUAAGAACAAAAAUGGAUUGAGAAAAGAGCCGGGAUUUCCUUUGUUUGUUUGGGACAGGAGACUGCUGCCGAAGUUUCUAACUAGCGUUAGUCAUGUACACUUGUGUCGCUGUUAAACACUACACCAUGCUUAGAACAAAGAGUUUUUAAAUAGUGUCGGUUGCAUAUACUUGUAUUCAAAAAGCAGUAAUUUUUGUCGUUGAUAAUUUGUGAGAAAUAAGCAGUAGGACAAUUCAAGUGUUUUGCUCACUGGUUUCAAGGAUAAAUUUCUCUGUCGAAGUACAUUUUUAUAGCAUUGUAGAAGUAAUGUUAGUGUUCUAGUUUGUUCUAUAUUUUACUUAAAUACAUAAUUUCUUACUCAGUUAAAUGGUAGUUUGUCUUUUUUUUAAAUAGAAGUUUUUAACUAAUUCCACAAAGCUUUGGCUAAUUGGGGAAGCUGCUUUAUUGGGCCAAAUUGUGUCCCAAUGAUCUCGAUGUGUCCCAAUUAUUAAAAAAUUGAUUUCAAUAAAUAAUGUAAAUAAGAAAAUAGUGAGGUAGUGUACAAGGGUUUAUUGUCCAUUUAGAAAUCCAAUGGUGGCAGGGAAGAAUCUGUUCCUGAAACGUGUGUGUAUCUUCAGGCUCCCGUACCUCCUCCUUGGCGGUAGCAAUGAUAUGGGACGUGAUAGGGUCAUGCCUACACCCCCUAAUCUUUGACACCCUUGCUCAUCAAAAUCUACCAACCUCCACUUUAAAUAUUCCUAAUGACUUAGCCUCCACAGCUGUCAAUGGCAAUGAAUUCCACAGAUUCACAAACCUCGGGUGAAAGAAAUUCAGAAUGUGAAUCAGCUUAUUAUAGCUGACGUUCAGUAUGUCAUAACAUUUUUUUUUUGUUUUGUGGCAGCAGGACAGGGCAAUACAUAAAAUAUACUACAAAUUACAAUAAGAAAUAAAAAAAAUUAGAGGUAGUGCAGAAAGAAAAUCAAAGUAGCAAAAAUUCCUUCUCAUCACUGUUCUGAAAGGACAUCCUAUUCUGAGGCUCUGCCCAAACACCCUCCCACCUCUCCCCCGACAGAAACAUCCUCUGCACGCUUGGUCAGUUUUCAAUAUAUCCCUGUGAUAUUAUUCAACAAAAAACCUGAUAUACCUACAUAUGUUAGUUCCUACGUAAAAGUAGGACUGGCCUCCCUUUCUGAUCAGUCAUGUGCUUUAAAUGCCAUUCAUUACAAUACUGAGGUGGGAUGGUUAUCAUUUUGAAUGAUUUUGUGUGGCUUCCAAUUUACAGACAAAAUUGACUUACAGACACAAGUUUUCCCCACAUCUUUACCUCUGAACACACAAUGCCAAGAGAACUGAGGCAGCAGGGGUUGAAUAGUCGACACUUUGGGCUGAGAGCCCUCAACAAGACUGGAAAGGAAGUGGGCAGGAACAAUGUCCACAUCUCUCCGUAACGCUGCCUGACCUGCUGAGUACCUCCAGCAUCCUUCGUGUGGUUCAAGGUUUCCAGCAUCUGCAGUCUCCCUGGUGUUUCCAUUACCUUUUCAUGGGUCUGCUUUGAUCAAAAGUACAAAUGCAAAGUGGUCACUCAGUAUCAACUGAAGCAGCCCAGGCCUACACAGGAGUAUGGCAAUAUUACAAGGAAUCUAGAAAUACUGAGCCAGUGGCCCAAAGCCAUAGGGCACCACACAAAGAUCAGGUGUUCUCAUGCACAAAACACAAACAGUUAGCUGGCAGGUGAAGUGAGAGCAGAUGGCAUACAUCUGCCGUCUUUGUUACUUUCCCCAGGUAAUAAACGUCCAGAUAUCUUAAGUUACAUCAGAAUCAUUCAGUAUGGUAAACAUACUUAUAUAUUUUUGAUACCAUUCAUUAAAUUCCAUAUAAGACUAAAUAAGAACAAUCACUAAAUGUGGAGAGCAGGAAGGGAACUAGGAAUACGUAGUUUGAACUUAAUAUUAUUGGCGCUCAGUCGUAUGUAGGGGAUGUUUAUAAAUUGUACAUCUGUAACUCGGAGACAGCCUGUACUGGCUUUUAAUGCAAAGGGGUUGGAGUUUCAGAAUAUUUAUGAAUAUUGUAUAGGUUGCUGAUCAGGUCACACCUGACUACUGCUCACAGGUUCAGUCCUCUAGGAGAGUUGGAGGACAUGAUUCACAUGGUUAAUUCCUGGAUGAACAGGUUUGUCCUCUUGCUGGAAGUUGGAUCUGCAUUCUUUGCAUUUUGGAAGAACAAAGGAUGGUUUUAUUGAAGCAUACGAGAACCCAAGUGGCAUGACAGAGUAGAUGGUGAGAUGGUUCCAAUAGUGGGAGAGUCUUGAAUGAGGGAGCAAAAUUACAAUAUAAAGGGGCAGGCAGUCAUUUCGAACUGAGAUAUUGAGGAAUUUCUACUUACAGAUGGAGGUGAGACUCUGGAAUUCUCUACCCUUGAGGGUUGUGGAGGCUGGUCACUGGGGCUUUAAAGAGGAAGAUCAUCGAGGUCAAUGGAGAAUGAGUACAACAGAGGAUUUGAGGUAGGGAGGUUCAGCCAUGGUCAUGUUGAAUAGCAGGACACAGGACAAGUGACCCACUGCUCCUGUUUUCUUGUGUGGUCACCUAGCUUCAUAGUGAACAGUGUGUGCAAGUCAUGACAUCAUAGGGAAUGGAUGUCAGUGCACAAUCACCAAGUACCCAGCUUUGAACUGUGCUUAGUUAACAGCACAUUGUAGUGCUGCAGUGUGCUGUUGACCUUUAUCACAUCCUGUACAUGCUCUUUUUGACAUUACAAGGCUAAACAAGCCUCCAAAUUAGGAAGCUGAGAACUAGCUGUAGACAUCAAAUAGGCACAUUUCUGCCCCAUU